AUGACCGUAAUAGUGAAUCCUAAGGUGGAAGCAGGAGAACGGCCGGCGGUGCAGCCAGAACGAUGGGCAGAGGUGCACCACACUGAGGAGUUUAGUCACGAGGGCCUUGUGGUCAGAUCUCCUCCUCCUGACAAAGAUUCUGGGAGAUCAGCAGGACGCCAGGCAUUGGAAGCACUCAGCGCUUUCCUGAUGGUGCCAGGAUGCUGCGCUAUGAACAUGAGUCCUCUUCCUAGGCCUGCCUCUCACUUCUUCCCACCCGCUAGCCCUGCAAUCCACCUACAGAUGCAGAGCAGCUCCAGGACACAUCACACACGAUCUGUCACUAUCAAGAAGGGGCUGUUGCUGCUGACACCAGACCUAAAGACAGCAUUCAGGUCUGAACUGGAGCAGAGGGCUGGGCGAGGGGGCGUGCGCGUGCGCAAGCGACGCGCCAAGGGACUAGGCAGAGCCGUGGAACCGCCGCCAGGUCGCUGUCGGUCCACGCCGCCCGUCGCGCUGCCCGCCCGCUCAGCGUCCGCCGCCGCCAUGGGAGUGCAGGUGGAAACCAUCUCCCCAGGAGAUGGGCGCACAUUCCCGAAGCACGGCCAGACCUGCGUGGUGCACUAUACCGGGAUGCUUGAAGAUGGAAAGAAAUUUGAUUCCUCCCGGGACAGAAAAAAGCCCUUUAAGUUUAUGCUAGGCAAGCAGGAGGUGAUCCGAGGCUGGGAAGAAGGGGUUGCCCAGAUGAGUGUGGGUCAGAGAGCCAAACUGACUAUAUCUCCAGAUGAUGCCUAUAGUGCCACUGGGCACCCAGGCAUCAUCCCACCACAUGCCACUCUCUUCAAUGUGGAGCUUCUAAAACUGGAAUGACAGGAAUGGCCUCCUCCCUUAGCUCCCUGUUCUUGGAUCUGCCAUGGAGGGAUCUGGUGCCUCCAGACGUGUGCACAUGAAUCCAUAUGGAGCUUUUCCUGAUGUUCCACUCCACUUUGUAUAGACAUCUGCCCUGACUGAACGUGUUCUGUCACUCAGCUUUGCUUCCAACACCUCCGUUUCCUCUUCCCCUUUCUCCUCGUAUGUGUGUUCACCUAAACUACAUGCCAUAAACCUCAAGUUAUUCAUUUUAUUUUGUUUUCAUUUUGGGGUGAAGAUUCAGUUUCAGUCUUUUGGAUAUAGGUUUCCAAUUAAGUACAUGGUCAAGUAUUAACAGCACAAGUGAUAGGUUAACGUUAGAAUAGGAAUUGGUGUUGGGGGGGGUUGCAAGAAUAUUUUAUUUUAAUUUUUUGGAUGAAACUUUUAUCUAUUAUAUAUUAAACAUUCUUGCUGCUGCGCUGCAAAGCCAUAGCAGAUUUGAGGCGCUGCUGAGGACUGAAUUAUUCUCCAAGUUGAGAGAUGUCCUUGGGUUAAAUUAAAAGCCCUACCUAAAACUGAGGUGGGGAUGGGGGGAGAGCCUUUGCCUCCACCAUUCCCACCCACCCUCCCCUUAAACCCUCUGCCUUUGAAAGCAGAUCACGUUCACUGCAAUGUUGGACACUACAGGUAUCUGUCCCUGGGCCAGCAGGGACCUCUGAAGCCUUCUUUGUGACCUGACUUACUAUUUUUUUUUCAUCCUGCAGUUUUUCUAAUGGACUUUCAGGAAUUUUGUAAUCUCCUAACUUUCCAAGCUCCACCACUUCCUAAAUCUUAAGAACUUUAAUUGACAGUUUCAACUGAAGGUGCUGUUUGUAGACUUAAGACCCAGUGAAAGCCCAGCCAUCAUAACAAAUCCUUGAAUGUUCUCUUAAGAAAAUGAUGCUGGUCAUCGCAGCUUCAGCAUCUCCUGUUAUUUAAUGCUUGGCUCUCUCUGCUGAUCUCAGAGUUUCCUGGCUCUUCCUCCCUCAGCCCCUUCUCACCCCUUUGCUGUCCUGUGUAGUGAUCUGGUGAGAGAAAUCGUUGCUACACCCUUCCCCCAGCACCAUUUAUGAGUCUCAAGUUUUAUUACUGCAAUAAAAGUGCUUUAUGCCGGCUUUUCUCAAAAAAAAAAAAAAAAACAAAACAAAA